AUGGUAACGCUCUCGUUUCCAUCUCCCUCGCUCUCAUGCGUAGAGAGCGGGUCAUAUAAAUCGUCUCACGUUUCUCGGGUCCUAAUCUCUGGUCCCGAUGAGAAUCACGCCGAAUCGUCGGAACCCAAUAUACUCAGAGAUGUUCAUAUAUCGGAAAGGUUGAUGGAGGAUUUCACUGAGCUAGCGAGAGAGAACACUGAGAAAGACCUCGAGACUUGUGGAACUCUCGCUGCCUUUCUUGAAAGAGGAAUUUUUUAUGUAACCACUCUGAUAAUACCAAAGCAAGAAUCAACUGCUAAUACUUGUCAAGCUAUGAAUGAAGUGGAUGUGUUUUCAAUACAAAACGAAAGAGAACUUUAUCCCGUAGGAUGGAUUCAUACUCAUCCUUCUCAGGGUUGUUUCAUGUCAUCAGUAGAUCUUCAUACACAUUUCUCGUAUCAGGUAAUGGUGCCAGAGGCAUUUGCAAUCGUCGUGGCUCCAACUGAUAGCUCUAUGAGUUACGGAAUAUUUAAGCUAACAGACCCUGGAGGAAUGGAGGUAUUGAGAGGAUGCUCGGAGACUGGAUUCCACACGCACAAAGAACCAGAAGAUGGGAACCCGGUUUAUGAGCAGUGCUCAAACGUGUUCAGGAACUCGAACCUUAGAGAAAUGAUGAGAGGUGGUGAGAGAGUGAAGGAGUUUCUUCGACCCUUUGUCGCUUCCAGGGCUUGGGACUUUUGCGUUAUCUGGAAACUUGGUGAUGAUCCUUCUAGGUUUAUCGAAUGGGUGGGAUGCUGCUGCAGUGGUAGUUACAUUGAGAAGAACAUUAAGCUCGAAAAUGUGGAAGAAGCAACGGAGAGGAAAAAGAUGAGUUCUGUAUGCAGAGAUGAACACAACAAGCAUCAUAUAAAAACAUUAGCUUGUGAAGCUCUCUCUCAUUUCCCUCUCUCCAUGCCUCUCUAUCCAGGGAUUCAUGGAGAAGUAGUCAUGUCAAAAUCUCCCAGAUGGUUGGUUAAUUCAUGUCCAGGAUCUAAAAAGGAUAUAUUCAGCACAAGGGUUCUUGUUCCUGUGAGGGAUGGUCUUAUUGAGCUCUUCUCCUUCAUAAUGAAACCGGUUGAUGAAGGCAUGGUUGAUUUGAUCAUAUCGCGUUGUAACGCCUUCUGCGAGCCAUUCCCUGAACAGACAUUGCUGCAACUCAGGAUCUCUCCUACAGCAGAGGAAUCUAUGAGCAGCGGUUUGAAUCUCAGCUUUGAGUGUGGAGGAGGCUCAUCAAGCGUUUCCAAUCCCUCCAGUGAAAAUCAGACUCUUUUUGGAAACCCGAAUGCUCGGUUUGGGGAACAAGGAGGACCGUGUUUGGUGAUGAACAAGGAAGAAGAGGAUGCCGUGAUGCAAGACACCAUUGAGUUAAAAGCUAAUAAGAGGCUCCCAAAGGAAAACUUCAAGUCAAAGAAUCUUCUUUCAGAGAGGAAAAGAAGAGACAGAAUUAAUCAGAGACUUUAUGCUCUAAGAUCCGUUGUCCCUAGAAUUACAAAGAUGAACAAAAAUGGAACUCUCAGUGAUGCGGUUGAUUACAUCAAAGAACUGCAAGUGGAGAAGCAGAAACUUGAAGAUGAGCUGAAUGGAAUCAACGAGAUGGAAUGCAGAGAAAUCGCUGCUAAGGUAGAAUCUGUAGUAGCUAGUCCAGAAGCUGAAAAAGUUUCAGCUAAACUCAACAAUAAAGUGAACAACGAGGUGACUCUUGAAGUCCACGAGAUUGGUGAGCGAGAUUUCUUGAUUAAGGUAGCGCAAGAGCAUACACGAGAUGGAUUCAAGAGGUUGAUAGAAGCUGCUGAUUCUUGUGGACUUGAGAUCGUCAACGUCAAUUUCACCAGACUCAAUCUCACAGCCAUGACCCUUCUCAAUGUCAAGGCGAACAAAGAUGUAUUAUCAUCUAGAAAUCUGAGAGAUUUGCUGCUUGAGAAGAUGGCAACUUCAGAGUCCGUAAAACAUAGUACAUAA